UCAUAAAGUCACACAGCAGCAACACGAGAGUAAAGAGGGAGAAAGUACAAGAAAAUGUCAAGACAUCAGUUUUUCUGCUGACUGCAUGCCAGAAAUACAUUGAAGGACCCUGCAAGAAGUCUGAUAUAGAGGCAAAAAGGUGAUCUAUACAGACUGAACCCAUCAGACAAUCAAUUUGCGACGUGUCCCUCCGAAGCAAUGGAGGUGUUCUGCUACAAAGAUAUAGAGCAGUCAUCCAACCUGCUUCUCCAGCUCAACACCCUGAGACAGGAGAACCUUCUCACAGAUGUGUUACUUUGUUCAGACAACACAGAGAUCCCUUGCCACCGCAACGUGCUGGUUUCUAGCAGCCCCUACUUCCGAGCCAUGUUCUGCAAUAACUUCACAGAGAGGCAGCAGACCAGAAUCAACCUGCACGGCCUGACAUCAGCCACCUUGAACACCAUCAUGGACUAUGUUUACACGGGCCUGGCUCAUAUCAGCAUGGAUAAUGUGCUGCCUCUCAUGCAGGCCACGUCAAUGUUGCAGUACGCUCGUCUAUUCGAGGCCUGCUCCAGCUUUCUUCAAGACCAGCUGAACGCUGACAACUGCUUGAGCAUGCUAAGGUUCUCAGAGAUCAUGAACUGUAAUAGUUUGAGAAAAAAGGCAAAGGAUAUGGCAAUGAAGAACUUCUAUGACGUGUCUCAUUCAGAGGAUAUGUGUGAACUCUCUUUGCCAGAGCUAAUGGGUUACCUGGAGGAUGAUUCUCUUUGUGCAGAAGAAGAGCAGGUCUUUGAGACCCUUGUUGCUUGGAUCCGCUAUGACCCCUUACCCAGACGCAGUGCCAUUAGUGACCUCUUUAAGAAAGUGCGCCUUCGCUACAUCCACCCCACCUAUUUGUUCCAGUUCAUUGCCAGCGACCCUCUAAUCCAGUCCUCUACCCUCUGCAUUGAGCUAAUCGAAUCAGUGCGCCGCCUCCUGUUUUCCCUUGGCACCAAAUAUUUUGGGGACUUAACCAGCGACUUCAAGCCAGUAUGGAUUGCACCCAGGCGCUGUACCUACUAUGAUAAUCUGGUGGUAGUAGGAGGAAGAAAGAAUAAUGAACAGACCUCAAGGGAAGCUAUAGUGUUUGAUGAGAAUUGUCAAGAGUGGAAACGUCUGGCCAAACUUCCUAUCAGACUCUACAAAGCUUCCUAUGUGGCCCUUCACAGUGUGGUGUAUGUCACUGGAGGCCUUACCACCAAUUCUAAAUACUGCCAAGCCUGUCCAACAGUCUAUACCCUCUCACUCAAGACCAACGAGUGGCGGAUGGCCCAGCCCAUGCUGGAGCCACGAUUUGCCCACCAGAGUGUCUCCUACUUGCAUUUUAUCUUCAUCCUGGGGGGACUUGGGUGCAACAGACAACUGACAGACAGUGUGGAAAGGUACAACAGCAUGUUCAACCAGUGGGAGUCCAUGGCCCGCAUGCCUGUGGCUGUGCUGUACCCUGCUGUGGCUGCCACCAACCAGAGGAUCUACAUGUUUGGAGGAGAGGAUGACUUGCAGAACCCAGUCCGACUCACUCAGGUGUAUCACAUUGCCAGGAACAUGUGGUGCAAGAUGGAGAACAGAACAGUGAAGAAUGUGUCUGCUCCUGCCGUUGUGAUGGAUGAAAAAAUUUACAUUGUUGGAGGAUACACGAGAAGGAUGAUCGCAUAUGACACUACAGCCAACUGCUUCCUCAAGUGUGCCAGUUUGAAAGAGAGGAGAAUGCAUCAUGCAGCUGCAGUGCUCAAUAACAAACUGUACAUCACUGGCGGACGAUAUAUUAAUGGUCACGAUGUCAUUGAGGACUCAGACAAUUUCGAGUGCUAUGACCCAAGGACAGAUGCUUGGACAGCCAAAGGAAGUUUGCCGUAUAAACUCUUUGACCAUGGCUCUCUUACGCUGACGUGCGUGUCACAGACCUGGACUAACUCAUAGCUAGGACAAUCAGCUGUUGCACUGAUGAAAGUGAAAGGUCCUAUUUGAGAUGAUUCGCUCCUAUAUGCAACAAUCGUUAGCUCCUGAUAGAAAUCAGUAAGUCACGCUCCUUAAAAGAACAUGUUCGCCACACUAAUAUUAGUUAGUGUUGUGCAUGAACGCGUUCAAUGAACGAUCGUUCACGAACACGUUAAUAUUUUAGGUGAACGUAAAUUGAACAAUUGAACAACAGCGGAAAACUAUCCGAGCUAUCGUAACCUGGUGUUAUGUCAGAUUUUGGUGCUGAAGCUUUUAUGGCGACGAAUAAGCAUUCUUUUACAUUCAGUUGGACUCUCUAUAUUAUUCAAAGAUGCUAAAUAAACAAGGAACAUCAUAAACAUACAUGUGCAACAUGAAUACAGCGUAAGUAAAUGCUUUAACUGCACGGGGAGGGCGUCAAUUAUGAGAGAGCAUUGUGCAGUCGAGUUGAGCAAACCACAUGGUAGGAUGUGUGUGAGGAGAACUUUCCUUCAUUUGCCUCCAUUGCCAAACAUACAGUAUUCCUUGCUUUAUAGAAAGUUUUUGGUGCUUACUUUGUAAUCGCUGCAUUCACGGCCAUUUGUAAUGUUACGCGCACGCGCAGAAUGGCAAAGUUGCAAUGUCUGAUGCGGUCCAAAGUCUGACAGAACACGGCCCAGUACCAACAUUAAAACCAGUUUUACGAACAGGUCAGUAGCGAUGCUGAUUUGAAAUCGAGUAUGAAAAUGAAUCUGAUGAAAUUUCAGUGUUAAAAUGGAUAAAAUAAUUGCUGUGUGUGGUUCUAUAUGAACUCUGUCAAUGAUAGCUUGAUGCAAUUAUUGGAGAGAAGAAAGAACAGAACUACAAAAGAGAAAGAAAAUCUCGACUACUCCUUUAUGUCUGCGAUUUCUGCAUCGCCACCGUUGUUAUAUUACUGUUUCAACCAUAAAAUCCCCAAAAAGUCCGGCUCUGGCCAUUCACAGCUGUGUCUUGACACUCGGUGAUACAUGCUACACCGGGUUUUUGGAUCGAAAAAAGGUAAGUACGCAAUAAUAUUUCGUUAAAAUAUAUAUAUAUACAUAUAUAUAAAUACAUAUAUAAACAUAUAUGGCAAAAAACACUCAGGUGGCUCCUCUAUGCACGUAUAAUACAUCAUUGGAAAGCUUAAAAUCUUUAUUUUGUAGUGGAAGAAACAUUUUGAGCAGGAGGGUAUUUAAAAAAAUAAAAUAAAAUAAAAAUAAAACCCCUAAACCCUAAGUAGAGGUGAGAGGAUGAGAGAGCAUAAUUAAAGACACUGUGAUUUUAACGAGCUAUUAUUGCGUACUUACCUUAUUUCGAUCCAAAAACUCCAUGUAGCAUGUAUCACCGAGUGUCAAGACACAGCCGGACUUUUUGGGGAUUUUAUGGCUGAAACACGGUAAUAUAAUAAGGGUCGAGAUGCAGAAAUCGCAGACAUCAAGGAGUGGUCGAGAUUUUCUUUUUCAAAUAUUUACCCUUUUAAAUGUUUUUUUCCAAUUUUUUCUUUGUUCGGAUUGAUGAUUUAUCAUUUAAAAUAUCGGGGAAAAUGCGACAGUAACAAAAAAAAUACCAUAAAGCGAUAGUUAUGAGAUAAAAAUCCCUGAUCUAUUUACAGACAGUAUUUUUUCAUUGCGACGUAAUUUGUUUAAAAGUUUAAAAUAUGCGAGUGAUAAAUUUUCUAAAGUUGUUGUUUUUCAAACUAAAUAUUCGACAUCAACUAAUGAUUCCAAGCUAUACUGGAAAUGAUAGACCUUUCAAAUAAUAUACUACUAUACUAUAUAUAAUAUACUUACCUUCUUUUUAUGGGUGGGUUAAAACAAAAGCGAUUGCGCGGUGUCCGUAAACGCGAGUCUCCAGGGUAAAACAGACAGAUUACAAAUAGUUCGGGGGCUUAAUGUGCCAUGAAACUGUUAUGGCAGCAUACAGACAUACAGUAUAGUUCUAUCAAAGAUGGGUGUAAGAGCAGAAACUGCUUUUUUCAGCUUUGUCUGCGUUUUCCGUUAGUUUUUUUUUUUUUUUUUUUUUUUUAUACUUUGGGGGAAAAAGUGAAAAAUCAUGCCUAAUAUGUAUCUCUUUCCAAUGCUAAAUCUGAAUAAAUACAUUAAACUCACAUUUAAAAAAAAAAAAAAAUUGUUUUUUGGUUGGGGAGGCGCUACUUCACGAUUUUUCCCUUAUCGCGGCAGGU